AUGGCUUGCGCAUCUCUCGAUCUUCCUGCACAGGCGCUGGAGUCGGCUUCUCAUAAGGCGGACUUGCUCCUCACCCAGACCCGGAACCUGAGCAGUCGCGCCCGCGGGUACAAUCAGCGGGUCAUCAGCGAGAGCGAUGCCCUGGCAGAGGAGGUGGUUGGCGUGUCCCGUGCCCUGAAGCGGGACCUGCAGGCCGCCCGGGUGGCCCUCCAGUCCGACGACCGCUGGGAGGAGGUGGUGAAUCAGCUGGAGAGGGCGCAGGGCGUGCUGCAUGGCAAUGGCCCCGCCGGCGACCUGCGGCGCUACGCCAAGACGCGGCAGCCCUACGUGCUGAGCCUGCUGCUGGGGCCCAGCAGCAACGUGGUGGCCCUGCGCAAGGACCAGAGCCAGCAGAUGAAGGUGGACUACCACCGCUUCCGCAACCGUUCCGCCUACACCAUGUUUGCCUUCGCCGCAGUGCUGCAGUGGGGCCUGCGCCGCACCCAGGCGCUGUCGGAGUCGCGGGACGGCGUGUCAAUGGCCCCCGUCCUGCUGGUGGGCGUCCAGCUCUUUGUCUGCUGGAUGCUCUUCUACUACGUCGCCUCGGCACUGCGUGAGUCGGUGCUCAAGCUGAAUGGGUCGCACAUCCGGCCCUGGUGGAUCCACCACCACUACUGGGCGGCGGGGACCUCCUGCCUCCUCCUCUCCCUCCCCGUCGACUCGCCCACCUUCCGCAAGGCCAUCAACGGCUUCCUCUGGUGGCCCAUGCUGCAGAGCGUCGUCAUCCUGACCCAGAACAGGUACCAGCGCCGGCGCAUGUACACCCGCAUCGCGCUGGGCAAGAACUCCACGAUGGAUGUCGUGGCGGGGGACGGCGUGGGGGCCCACGGCCAGCUGGUCUUCCUCUACCCGCUCCUCUUCCUGCUGCAGGGCCUGCAAGUGUACCUGGGCGGCGUCAUGAUCAAGCACUCCUACUGGGCCAUGCUUCGGACCGAGGGCUACCUGAAUCUGGAGAACAGGGAUGACGACCUGUGGGGCAACCGCGGCUUCUUCCUAGCGGGCUGCCUCAUGAUCUUCAUGGCCUGGAACAACUUCUACAACACUGUGGGCUCACUGGUGGGAUUGGUGGCGAAGAAGUCCAAGGGGGGCAGGCGGGUGACGGCGAGUGUGGAGGACGAUGACUGA